AUGGUAUCGUGGUUGAAAAACAAACUUGCCUAUGGCAUAUUUCAAUCAGACGAUGAUAACAUUUCAACAGAUCAACAACAUAAAAACAAAGAAAACGUUGCUAUAAUAUGGCUUAAUCCGAAUGCUGACCGACAUUCUAAUGUAUCAACAACUUUGGAACGUCUACGCCAAGUAAACGAUUUCGUAUACUUCUCUAGAAACAUCACCGAAUGUAUUACACACGUUACUACAGUACCGCAAGAAAUUAUUAUCUUGAUCACGUCGAACAUAUACUCUUGUGAUAUAUUGUCUCAAAUAGGAUCAUCUGGAAAGGUUGAUUCUAUUGUUAUCUUCUGUCUUGAAGAAGAUAUAUCUACUAAUCGUCUUGAUCAAUAUUCAAAGAUAAAGAGACGCGAACAAAUAUUUAAUUUCUACGCCGCCAAUCAAAAAAACUUUCGUAAUUUGUCUAUCGAAACGGCUCGUUUUCUCUGGUUUCAAAUACUUAAAAAGAUCAUUGAAUAUCUUCCAAACGAUCGACGGGUCAAACAAGCAAUGGUGAAUCACUGCCGUCUAUGCUAUGAUGGCAACAAAACUGAAUUAGCGGCAGUGAAUAAGUUCGAUGAAACAUAUACAUCCGAAGAAGCGAUCAAGUGGUACUCGAAAAGCUCAUUUGUCUAUCGAAUGGUAAACAAAGCACUUCGAACAGAGGACGUUGAACAACUUCAUCUAUUCCGUUUCUUUAUAAAAGAUCUUUCGCAGAACAUCGAGCGACGCAUGGCGUUAUCAGUCAACGAUACAUUGCCAAAAAUAGUUUAUCGAGGGCUUCAGUUGUCUACGGAUGAUGUGAGCGAACUAAAACGAAACAUUGGAAAAUUAAUAUCACCCAAUGGUUUUAUGUCAACAAGCCGCAGUCGUAGAGUGGCCAACGUUUUCGCUGGCGUUUCUGAUAAGUCUGUAAAGCUGCAUCCUGUCGUAUAUGAAAUAGAGUGCAAUCAUCAACUCGCUCGUAAAUUUGCAUUUGCUGACAUUAGUGACGAAUCGAAUUUUCCCGAAGAGCAAGAAGUUCUAUUUGAUAUCGGAUGUACCUUCAAAAUCGUGUGGGUUAAACGUAGCAAAGCCAAUGGCUAUCUUGUUCGAUUGCGUAUGACCGAUGAAGGUUCGCAAAUGGCUGACAGCUACAUGGAAAGCAAACGCAGCUUGAUAGAUACACAAGACAUUCAAAUUACGUUUGGUUCUCUUCUCCGAAAAAUAGGUCACUAUGACGAAUCAUGCCGUUACUUCAAACAACUUCUUGCUGAUUCAGUACAGUGCGAUAUAGCUUGGAUUCAUUGUCAUUUGGCCUUGUCGUUGACGAAGACAGAUGAGAACGAAGAAGCUUUGAAACAUCUGGAAACUGCUGCAAAUUAUAUGAAAACCGAUACAAGAUAUUGUCCAGUCGAUUUACUUUCUGUACUUUGUGCAAUUGGUAAUAUCCAACGAACACAAGGACUGCGUGAACGCGCAUUUGAAACAUAUAUGAUUGCUAUGGCUCUGCACGACACGUGUACGAUCAUAGACAGCAACGGUUCGGACUUGAGUUACAUCGCCGAUAUCUAUUUCGACUCUGGUGAUUAUGACAGGGCACGUCAAAUUUGCGAGAGUAGUCUCCAACUGAUCACCCAAUCCAAAUAUCCUGACUAUUUGGCAAUGGCCGACAUAUUGAACACUAUGGGUAAUAUCUCUCUCUUAGAAGGUAACUCGAUCAACAAUGCCCUAGAGCAUUUUCGUAAAUGUCUCAGUAUACGCGAGCCAUGGUUACCCGGAAAUCACCCGGCAAUUGCGGACGUUUUGGAAGAUUUGGCAACGGCUUAUUCACGACAGUAUGACACGAAACAGGAAAUUGAAUGUUUGUUACGAGCAGUAAAAGUGCGUCAACGGCAUUUACCUUAUGGUAAAAUCAGUUUAGCUCACUGCUUGCACCGCGCAAGUGACGCCUAUGAAAAGCAAGGCAAACUGAAAUUAGCCGUUUCUUAUAUGCACGAAGUUUUGCAGAUAACCGAUUCAUGUGCGCAUAUUAAACCCAUAACGACUGCUCAAUAUUUGUUUAAUCUAGCUGAACUCUAUCGCAAACUUCACCACGAGAAAGAGAGUGUUGUAUNAAUAGUUUAUCGAGGGCUUCAGUUGUCUACGGAUGAUGUGAGCGAACUAAAACGAAACAUUGGAAAAUUAAUAUCACCCAAUGGUUUUAUGUCAACAAGCCGCAGUCGUAGAGUGGCCAACUUUUUCGCUGGCGUUUCUGAUAAGUAUGUAAAGCCGCAUCCUGUCGUAUAUGAAAUAGAGUGCAAUCAUCAACUCGCUCGCAAAUUUGCUUUUACUGACAUUAGUGUCGAAUCGAAUUUUCCCGAAGAGCAAGAAGUUCUAUUUGAUAUCGGAUGUACCUUCAAAAUCGUGUGGGUUAAACGUAGCAAACCCAAAGGCUAUCUUGUUCGAUUGCGUAUGACCGAUGAAGGUUCGCAAAUGGCUGACAACUACAUGGAAAGCAAACGCAGCUUGAUAGACACACAAGACAUUCAAAUUACGUUCGGUUCUCUUCUCCGAAAAAUAGGUCACUAUGACAAAUCAUGCCGUUACUUCAAACAACUUCUCGCUGAUUCAGCACAGUGCGAUAUAGCUUGGAUUCAUUAUCAUUUGGCCUUGUCGUUGACGAAGACAGAUGAGAACGAAGAAGCUUUGAAACAUCUGGAAACUGCUGCGAAUUAUAUGAAAACCGAUGCAAAAUAUUGUCCAGUCGAUUUACUUCCUGUACUUUGUGCAAUUAGUAAUAUCCAACGAACACAAGGACUACGUGAACGCACAUCUGAAACAUAUAGGAUUGCUAUGGCUCUGCACAACACGUGUACGAUCAUAGACAGCAACGGUUCGGGCUUGAGUUACAUCGCCGAUAUUUAUUUCGAUUCUGCUGAUUAUGACAGGGCACGUCAAAUUUGCGAGAGUAGUCUUCAAUUGAUCACCCAAUCCAAAUACCCUGACUAUUUGGCAAUGGCCGACAUAUUGAACACUCUGGGUAAUAUCUCUCUCUUAGAAGGUAACUCGACCAACAAUGCUCUAGAGCAUUUUCGUAAAUGUCUCAGUAUACGCGAGUCAUGGUUACCCGGCAAUCACCCGGCAAUUGCGGACGUUUUGGAAGAUUUGGCAACGGCUUAUUCACGACAGUAUGACACGAAACAGGAAAUUAAAUGUUUGUUACGAGCAGUAAAAGUGCGUCAACAGCAUUUACCUUAUGGUAAAAUCAGUUUAGCUCACUGCUUGCACCGCGCAAGUGACGCCUAUGAAAAGCAAGGCAAACUGAAAUUAGCCGUUUCUUAUAUGCACGAAGUUUUGCAGAUAACCGAUUCAUGUGCGCACAUUAAACCCAUAACGACUGCUCAAUAUUUGUUUAGUCUAGCUGAACUCUAUCGCAAACUUCACCACGAGGAAGAGAGUGUUGCAUNGCAUUUACCUUAUGGUAAAAUCAGUUUAGCUCACUGCUUGCACCGCGCAAGUGACGCCUAUGAAAAGCAAGGCAAACUGAAAUUAGCCGUUUCUUAUAUGCACGAAGUUUUGCAGAUAACCGAUUCAUGUGCGCAUAUUAAACCCAUAACGACUGCUCAAUAUUUGUUUAAUCUAGCUGAACUCUAUCGCAAACUUCACCACGAGAAAGAGAGUGUUGUAUAUUAUCACAAAUCGGUAAAGAUUAGUCAGCUUCAGACAGAUCUAUCGGGCGAACCAGACCGACAAUCUCUAGUUUGCUUCUCACAGCUCACAAACUAUUAUGCUAAAAGAAAGCAAUAUGAUCAAGCUUACGAAUACUGUAUGGACCAUAGAAGCUAUCUUUUGAAAUUUCCUUCACAUAAUCGUUGGCAGUUAAUUAAAAUAGAGUCUAUAUUGACCAAAUUAAAAUAUCUCAUUCAAAAACAAAUAAAACAUACUUCACCUCACUCAGAUACGUACGAAAUCAACCGAUCUAUCCACCCUCUUACCUAUUUCUCGACUGCAAAGAGCCGACGCUAUCGAUCACCACGAAUUCCAGUUCCAGCUAAUACAAAUGCCUAUACACCGAUGGGUACAUGGAAAUCGUCUCAGUCACAUCAUAAAUCUCCUCUAACCUAUUUCGGCCCAGUACAUAGUCAACGGUAUAGUGGAAUACCUAGACGGACAUAG